CGCGCUGGUUCCAAUUUACUGGUAAUCGCAAACCUCAACCUCUCCACCACACAACCACAUCUCACGAAAUAUCCCGACACCAGCUUCCCCUACUGCCUGUAAGCUGUCUAGUUACGAGCACUAAUGCGUGCUCUGGGCAGCAGGCAAUGGACACCGACAGCACGUUUGAUGAGCCAACUUCGGACUAUGAAGAGUCCAUCAACCCCUCGGAGUUCACAACACUCAAGUCGUCAGCUCGGAUGAACUUUUAUGAAAAUGGAAGGCGAUACCGAGCUCUAAUGGACCGAUACGGUCUGCCCAACGAUGAUGCUGAGCAGCUCCGAGAAGGCAUGAAGCAUACCAUGUAUGUUGACUAUAUAUUUGACGGCAAACUAUUUGCCGCACCUAUAAAAGAAUAUCCACAAAAGAUUGUCGAUCUCGGCACAGGCGUGGGCUUUUGGGCCAUGGAUGUCGCGGAAAAGUAUCCCAGCGCUCGCGUCAUUGGAACAGACCUUUCUCCUAUACAGCCUACAUGGGCGCCGCCUAACCUCGAAUGGCGGAUUGAAGAUCUUGAAGAUCAGCAUCGGCCGUGGACCAGCAUCUAUCGCGACGCCGAUCUCAUUCACAUGCGAUCGUUCUUACAAACAAUACAAAAUCCCAAGAAGUUGUUUGAAAAUGCAUUUGCAAACCUUGCACCAGGAGGCUGGAUUGAAUGCCAUGACACCAUCCCACACGUUUAUUCCACCGACGGCACAGUAGAUGACAACCACCCUCUUAAUACGUUUUAUAAGCUGGUGAACGAAGCUUUUUCCAAAAGCUUCCAGUGGGAUAUAAUGCUCCCACUUGAAAUCCCGGCCAUGCUCCGCGAAGUUGGCUUUAUCAAUGUGGUCGAGACGAAGAACGCCGUGCCCAUUGGCCGCUGGCACCGCCAGACAAAGAUGCGUGAACUAGGCAUGUUUCACCACAGCAUUACUGUUGAUGUCGUUUCGGCCGUCAUGGCUAAGCGCGCAGCCAUGGAUAUGGACGCCGAAGAGGCGACCCGGUUCGCCGACCAAGUCAAGCAAGCCCUUGACAACCCUCGCAUUCAUGGCAUAAUAGACUGGAGCGGCAUCUGGGCUCAAAAGCCUCCGGCUUGACAGAAUUGGAUUAUAUAAAGACAAAAGUAUAUGGGAAAACAAAAAUAAAGCUCCUAUACAAGUUACAUAUAAUAAUUAUAAUAAGAAUGGGACGGGCUCAGGAGUCUGGUCGAAGAAUUCCAAUAUGAACUACAAAUCCAUCCGAAGAUUUUAAGCCAGGCGGUAAAGCGUCAUCUGGAAUCUUCCAGGCGCGGAAGAAUUGAGUAAAUGUCUGUAGCCAUAGCAAAAACACUUCGUCGUUACGCAGCUGCUGUGCAACAAUACAGACACAUGGGGCAUCGUGACUAUCAUCAUUUUGGCGAAGCCUGCAAACCUCGACGCAGGUUUCGACAAACGGUUUAACUAGCGCAUAGUUAAAUACGCAAUCGCAGGCCAGAACGACGUCGAAGCUUCGGGCACCGGAUCCUACCAGGCUUGGAGAUGCAGUGUCCGUUUCCCAGUCGAGGACCGCAAACUCGAUAUUGGUUUGGGGCUGUUUCUUCGGCAGACGUGCUGAGCGUAAUAAAUGACUGUUUUCUUCAAUGUUUUGCAAGACUAGUCGCUGUACGUACGGCUGGUCUGUUAAAACGUAGCGCUGCACACGGCCGCCAAUGGCAAAUGCAUUUAGUGGUGAUAUCCCGCAGCCCAGUUCGGCAACUAUAGAGUCAGAACGGAUAAUCCCAUGUUUGAAUAAGAUGUUGUCCUUUGACGCUAGCCAUGAUGCGAAUAGCGGCGUGACUUUCCAAAGAA